CUCAUAGGUUAAGUUACCACUAAAGAGGUGCUUUAGCGUUAAACGUCAAAACAACAGGGACCAUUUUAGACAUUUUAAAAUAAACUGAGGUUGGCUUAAAAGAGGCAUUUGAAUAAAAAGAGGAAGGGGUGUUUAUUUUGGACGGUUUGCGGUAAUUUUACCUUAAAGUAAAAUAACUCAUAACAAUUUUAAAAAAAGAGAGAGUAAAAAACAAAAAUUACAACUAUUUAGAUACUUUUCACAUUUCAGAGUGUGUGAUACGAAUCAGAUAAAUAAAAACAUGAAAUACCGUAAAAAAGGUUUUUCUUUGGAAUGAAGCAUUCAGACUUUGACUAACAAUGGACCCAUGUGAAGUUUAGGUAUGCUGAGAGCAUGUGAUGCUCAUGGGGGCGGGGCCCCGGAGGAGCUCUGCACAGGUAAUACCCUCAUCAGGUAGCGCCGAGUGACUCAUUCCCUCUCACACCUUAAACACCACAAACGCUUCUCUCAUAACUCAACUCCUCUAUCUGAACUGACAGGAAGCUCCGGGGAGAAAAAGAGCUGACCUAAAGAUCUGCAUCAAGCCAACGGAGAAGAUCCAUUUAACUGAAGAAUGAGCUGCUUCGUCUGAAUCUGAAGAUUUGCUGGAUUUGGACUCAUUGAGUGAGUUGUGAAGAACAAAAGUAAAGUAAACUCUGAAGCAAGGUGUCAGGGCAGAUGUCUUGUUUUGACAUCCCCAGUCGAGGAUCUAAUUUGGUUCUACGAGUGCUGGGAAGUUCCCCAAAUUUUUGGAAGAACUAGAACUCACUUGAUAAUCUGUUAUUUGAAGGACUUUUAACAAAACUGUCUAUGACGAUGCCAGUGGUCAAAUUGGAGAAGGACUCUCCGGCGGACAGCACCGUGCCUUCCUCCAACCCUUCGCCUCAGAUGGAGGAGCAGCCCCGGGGUAGGAGGAGGAAGAGACCCCUGCAGAGGGGAAAACCGCCAUACAGCUACAUUGCACUCAUCUCCAUGGCGAUUGCCAACUCCCCUGACCGCAAACUGACAUUAGGGGGAAUCUACAAAUUCAUCACAGAGCGGUUCCCUUUCUACAGAGACAAUUCAAAGAAAUGGCAGAACUCCAUUCGCCAUAACCUGACCCUUAACGAUUGCUUUAUAAAGAUUCCUCGGGAGCCGGGCCGGCCAGGAAAGGGCAACUACUGGGCCCUGGACCCGAACGCAGAGGACAUGUUCGAGAGUGGCAGCUUCCUGCGGCGGAGGAAGAGGUUUAAGCGCUGUGACUUCAGCACUUACGCCUCGUACGUGCACGAGACCCCAGUUUUCUCUCCUGUUCAGAUCACCAGGUCAGCUGCGUUCACCAAUUCAGUCUACCCCAACAUGACUGUCAGCCCAACCUACGGGCAGCAGCUGCCAUCUGCCUACUAUCCCUCCUCAUCACCUCCUGGGUUUGUACAUGGUCAGACUCGCAUGUUCAGCAUCAAUAACAUCAUAGGACACCCGACCUCAGCCGCCAGCAUGCUGACAGGUCAAGGGUCGGAAAUGAUGCAGCAACCCAGCAGGAACUUCAGUCCCGAGGGUCUUCCAAACGUAUCAAAUCCCUGCAGGCUGGGCGCGCCGGGUUUCCAGAAUCAGCCAUGUGGAGGAUCCCUUGCUACCCGUACUUCUACACACACAGGGUUCACCUACUCUGGGCCAAGCAACCAUCUACAUGCUCAUGCCCACCAGGGCUCCUACAGUCAGGGUCACAGCCAGGGGUAUGCAGCAGCAGGCCGGAUCCACACCUCGCCUCACGGGCCUGCAGACACCAUGGAUCACUACGGCAGAGUUUCCCCGGUGCAGCUGGGCUCAUUCUCACAGUAUAACAGUGCAGCAGGUCCGGUUACCAACACUGGGGGAUACCCGAGACACCCGUCAUAUGCGGGGAACAUGGACCGUUUUGUUUCUGCAAUCUGAGCUAAAGACCACGUCGUUAAAAGAGCACCGAGUGAGCCAGACGCUUUCUGAGACCGACCUCUCAGGACUUGACUGUGAUUUUUCUGUUUUUCAUCUCGAGCCUGUUUACAGGACAGACGGUAACUUCCUGUACAUGUUAGACUUUUAUGUAAAGAAGACCUCCAACUCAAAAAGCAUGGUUUUAAUUCAGUUUGUGCAUGCUUGAUUUAUUUAGGUCUGCUAAGUGCAAAUGACAAUCUUCGUAAUGUUUAUAUAAAUUAUUGUGCUUUGUGGUCACUGGCUUUAUAAGUGGUUUGUUUGAAUAGUUUUGUUGCAUUUGCAUGGAUUUUGUUGCGAAUUAAAAAGCAAAUUCAGUUUGCUUUUUUGUAAAUAAACAGUGAUAAGUCAUCUUUUUUUCUUCACAAAAUGGUUAAUAAAGAUUUUCACAAUUAUGGGUUUCAAAGGAUCAACAGUAUUUUUGUUUUAAUCAUCAACUGAAGAACAGAUAACUUUUAAAAAAAAGUAAAAUCAAUAAAAUUAUUCCGACGUGAAGAAAUUAUAAACAAUAACUUGUUUCUUUCAUGCAGUCGUCUUUAUCAGUUUGUCGAGCGUUUUAGCUCUGCUGGUUUUACGUGUUGCCUGGAGCCAGCUGGUUGUUAGUGUUUGCUACAGCCCCGUUAUCACACUACGACAUCAGAGGACACAAAUCCACUUGUCGGAGAACAAACUGACUUGUAACCUAAUAUUUCAUCUUGCAAAGAACAAAAUAUUAGAAAAAUAACCUCACCAUCAUCAUGAGCAAGCUUCAUUAGGAUUUCCAUUUUUGCCUCAGGUAACACAUUUGUAUGUGUGUCAUAGGAAAUGAUUUUGUAAGACUAAUUUUCUUUUCUCAAAAUAUUUAUGAAAAUGUUACCUAAAAAAACAAAAUUUUAAAUCUACGUGGCGACAACGACUGAAGUCAGUUUGCGGCACGGUUGAGCAGCAUAAAGGGGAGCGUGUUGGGUAUCCAUCCUGAGUAAAUAUUUACUUUCUGAAUAAUUCAUCCUUUUGGCGCUUCCAGUGAAAUGCUGACAGCAAAGGUGGUUUAUUUGUUUUCAUGUAGUCAAAACGUUAUCUGAAUGCUGAAUUUCAGUGAGUUGAUAUACAGAAAAGAAAUUAAACCAAAUUUUGAUUUUGAAGAGUUUAAAUUGCUGAAAAUGUCUUAGCAGUCUAAACAGGAGAAAAUAAAAUUGUUAGUUUGUUGGACAGAAAUUAUGCUGUGUUAAUUCAUUUUAAUGCAAAUUAAUAGGCCUUAAAUAUUUAUACAUUUCAUAAAUCCUGUGCCUCUUUCAUUAUGGGCUCAAAACAACACAGGAAAUAAAGUUUCUUCAUAAAA